AAUCGCACAGGAUCUGUGUUGACAUGCGUCUUUGGAAGCCCCCUGGGUUGAGGUUUGGCAGUAGUUGGGAAAAGUGUCGCUGCGACGUGGAAGUCUGGACACCUUCACCUACGCUCAAAAGUGAUUGUUGCUGCUGAUGUUCUCCUCCUUAAGGAUUUUCUUCACCGGCUUUUUUGUCCAGUGAGGCUUGUGAUUGUGAUGGGCAGUGUGUGCUAUGUUCACAGAAAGGGAAUGUGAGUGAGAGUGCGUCUGGGUGUGAUGGGUUGGACAGUGCAGGGUAAGGAUAAAGUGUUCCGUGAGGUUUACCUAACCCUUGCAUUAGUGGCAAGACCACAGUAACCACCUCCAGAUGUUUGAGAGCACAAUAUGAUUAUUUACAACAAGGCCAAUGAACACCGCCCUCUUCACACUACGCUUACUCUUUGCUCCUUCAGCAGUGUCCAAGUUAAUGCUUAAUCCAAUUGCAGACCCUUAAUUGCUAAGGCUGAGCCCUGUUUAUGGGAGGGAGGUUACUUUCUGAUCAGUCACUGCAGAAGACAGGAAUACAAGCUAAGGGACUCGUCAGACUCAUCUCUACGAGUCAAGCAACGGGACCUUCAGGGCUGACCAUAGGAACCAGCCACCAUGGCCAAGUCGUCUUUCACAUCCAAGGCCAUCGCCUCUGCCUUUAUGAUCCUGACCGGCUCUGUCAUCGCUGGCAUUGUCACCAUGGUCAUUCUGUACAAUACUCAGAUCUCUUCAAUGAACCCGACGCCCCGUCCAACCUUCUCGACCACCACCACAGGACCGCCACCCGUCAUGCGGCUGCCGAAGAAUCUCAUACCCGAAACAUACACGGUCUUUCUGAAGCCUCACUUCUACACACGAAUCAUCGAGGAGGUAAAUGUCACCAGUCCCAACCAGACGAUGCUCUUCACAGGGAACUCUACUGUUAACUUUCACUGCGCCCAGACGACUAGAACCAUCUACCUCAACAGCAAGGACCUGGCCGUUUCUAAACCAAAGGUGAUAGACACAGAAAACAAUAAUAACAUAGAGGUUUCAGCAAUGAAACACCACGAAGACGAAAGUGACUUUCUCGAGAUUCAGCUGAAAGAGGCACUGGAGGCAGGGGGAAACUACAGUUUGUCUCUGGAUUUCAAAGGAGAAAUAUCAGAAAAUCUUGACGCGCUGUUUGUAAGCACAUACCAAGAAGGGGAACCAGAAUUUGAAGGUGAUACGAAUACAGAGAGGUUCCUUGUCGCUACUAAUAUGGAACCAACAGACGCCAGGAGAGUGUUUCCUUGUUUCGAUGAGCCAGAAAUGAAGGCUGUGUUUUAUGUGACCAUCAUCCACAGGCGAUUCACAAAAGCUCUCGGAAAUGAGCAACAGUCAGCCUCCAAUAUUAUCGACGAAGACUGGCAGUACACUAGUUUUCAUCCAACACCGAAGAUGUCAACCUACUUGGUAGCCUUCACGGUUUCAGAGUUCAAACCAACCCCCUCCACACAUGAGCGUGUGACAAUUGAAACGUUUGCCCGUCCUGAGGCCGCUGCAGCAGGACACACUCACUACGCUGCCAGCAUCACUGGAAAGAUUCUCCAGUUCUAUGAGAAUUAUUUUGAGAUUAAUUACCAACAGAAAACACUUGAUCAAAUUGCACUGCCAGACUUAAGUCCUGCAGCAAUGGAAAACUGGGGACUGAUCACAUACCAGGAGGGAGGCCUGCUCUAUGAGGAAGGAGUGUCCUCACUGUUGCACAAGGAAGUGAUCGCCACUCUCAUUUCACAUGAACUGGCACACCAGUGGUUUGGAAAUCUGGUGACAAUGAAAUGGUGGAACGAAGUUUGGCUAAAUGAGGGCUUCGCCUCCUACAUGUCAUACUUUGCAGUGGACCACAUUGAUCCUUCAUUUAAAGCGAGAGACACAUUUGUGAUGAGAGACCUCCAUACAGCGUUUGAGGAGGACUCUCUGGCCUCAUCCCAUCCUCUCAGUCCUCCGCAGGAAGAUGUCCAGGAGACUUAUCAGAUCAUUGAGAUGUUUGAUGCCAUAACCUACAGUAAGGGAGCAAUUGUGCUGAGAAUGCUGGAAGAUGUCGUGGGAGAAAAGGUUUUCCAAAAAGGGAUCAAAAUGUACCUGUCUGACUUUAAGUAUGCAAACACUGACCAGAACGACCUCUGGGAUUAUAUACAAAUGGCCGUAGAUGAGGAUAGCGGUCACACCAAGGUGGCCCUGAUAAUGAAACCCUGGACUACUCAAAUUGGCUAUCCUGUCAUCACCAUCAACACUACUGAUGGAGGAAUCUACCAGAAGCACUUCCUGUUCAAUGACUCUUCUGAAUCUAAUCUUUGGUGGCAUGUCCCGAUCACAGCCAUGUCAGAUACAUCUGGAUUGUUUUCUUUCACGUUGGAAGACAAACCAGAAAAGAAAGACACCUUAAUUUCUAAGAGUGGAGAGUGGAUCCUGGCAAAUGUCAACUGUACUGGAUACUACAGAGUCAAUUACAACCCAGAGAACUGGGAACGCCUCCUGACUCAGCUGGAGAAAGAUCCACAUCGGAUCCCACUGAUGAACAGAGGACAACUUAUUGAUGAUGCAUUUAACUUGGCAAGGGCCAAACUGGUCGAUGUGAGUCUGGCUCUGAAUUCAACCCGCUUUCUUCACAACGAGACAGCAUACAUUCCCUGGGAAUCAGCAGUCAGGAACCUCGAGUACAUUGUCCUCAUGUUUGACCGCUCCGAGGUGUACGGACCCAUGCAGGCAUACCUCCAGGAACAAGUUAAGGGCCUGUACAGUUUCUUCAGAAACUACACAUACUAUUCAAAAGUCCCAGAAGACCAUUCCUUACAGCGCAGCCAACUCUUAGCCAUACACGUGGCAUGUUCCAAUGGACUCCCAGAAUGCAUAGAGAUGGCUUCAAAGAUGUUUGCAAACUGGAUGAACAGCAACACCACUAACGGCAUCCAUCCCAACCUGCGGUCUGUAAUCUACUGCCAAGCUGUGGCUGCUGGUGGGGGGAAAGAGUGGGAGUUUGCCUGGAACAAGUUUCAGAGCUCCAGCGACACCUCGGAGAAAGAGCAGCUCCGUAAGGCUCUGUCAUGCACCAAGAAGAUCUGGCUGCUCAACAGAUACCUGGAGUACACCUUGGACCCUGAAAAGAUUCGUCUGAUGGAUGUUGCCUCCACCAUUAACUACAUAGCCAAGAAUGUGGCGGGGCAGGCACUGGCCUGGAACUUUGUCAGAGCACACUGGGACUAUGUCAGGCAGGGGGCUGGAGCGAUGCUGAUCGAGGGCGUGACCAGCAGGUUCUCCACACAGUUUGAACUGAAGGAGCUGGAACAUUUUGCGACGGACUACGAGCUGGAUUCUGCCAACAGGGCGGUGUACCAGGCCAUCGAGCAAACCAAAGUUAACAUCGAGUGGGUCGGCGAGCACAAAGAUGUUAUCCUAGAGUGGUUUGAAGGACAGACAGCUUUGUAGAGUGGACAAACGCCAUCUCCCGUUGUUUUAGAGCGUUACAGAUCAGUGGUGCUAGCAGUUUUCAGUUCUGCAGCUGAAUGCUCUUCUGCCUUCACUAAAUCCACGUCAACAAGAUCAUGAGUGAACCUCACUUUGCCUUGAACAUGGACCAGAGAAAUAAUGAAAUCAUGAAUGAGAGAUUACAUUUUCCACCAAACAAUUUACCAACCUGAACUGUGAUUGUGCCGCACACAAGACUGGUGCAAGUCAUGAGAGAAAUGUGGCACUUAAGACCAAACUGAGACACAGCAGUGUUUACAUAUACACCCAUAUGUAUUAUUUAUACAGUAUAUUCAACGCGGACAGUCACAGUAACAAGACUGUUCCGCUGUUUGUGAUUUUUGCACAUGAUGCUGUUUCAGCAUCAGUCAUCUUUAAAGUAUCAUUGUUGUAAAUUGUUUUAUGUGAAAAAUUGUGAAACAUAUUUUGUUUUCAAAAUCACUUUUCUUUUCUUGUUGCUGUUGCCAAUUAGUGAAAUUAUUAUAUAAUCAAUUAUUAUAUUAAUGUCCAAGCAUAUAUGCAUUUGGAGGAAAAACAGUGAAGGAAUACAAAAUAACAGCUAAAAUGUAACGUGCUGCCAAUUUACAGUCCAGCUUCUCCACACUUGCACAAGUCAGAGCCCAAGGACAGAAUCAGUUUGUAACAGGGUUAAUAUAAUAUAAUAUAUUAUAUAUAUAUAUAUAUAUCUUGUAAUCAAGGAACCAAAUUAUUCUUGAAUGUUGCUAAGAUUGUUAUUUUCAAUAAUAAAACAUUGAUAUGGUGUUAAA